UGGCCGAGACUUCUUUAAACAAGGCAUAACCAGUAGUUAAAGUUAAAGCUAAAGUUGCAGAGAGAUAUGGACCAUAUGGUCUUCAUUUUGUCCGUCUAAAUCUCAGUUACUGGGAAGGAAGCGAGCGUUUAUCAAAGGGAAAAAUGAAAGAAGAGAGGUGAAGGCUCGUGAGUCGUGACUGGAAACCUUGACGUCAAGAAAAGAACUUGAAUUCCCUUGCAGAUUCUGAAGUCUUACAGCAAGUUAACAAUUCAAUUUAGUCAUUGGUAUUUGCAACACCAAAGAUUAGGAGUGGAAGGCCAACCUGGGAUUACUUACAAUUGUAUUUGGAGGAACAUGAACAGUGGAUCAGCUGCUAAAAUUCGGUUUGUCAGAUGUCCUAAAUGUCGGCAGGUUCUUGUGGAGCCACAAGAUAUUCCAGUCUACAAAUGUGGUGGCUGUGGCACACAUCUUCAAGUGAAAAUUCGAAAAAGUAACCCUGAAGUCGCAACUUCUGGCCUGCAUGAAACAGAUGCUGCUCAGAAAAAUAGAUCAGAUCAUAUUUCUGAAGCUAAGGAAUCCAGCAGCUCAAAUCAUGAAGAAAAUUUUCUUUCCCCUGGGGAAUGUUCUCCAGACCAACUCAAUGGGGGGGAUUGUGCUGCAUCUGGCGAUUUUGAUCUUGAUCAUCUCAGUGGUGCAAACUUACCAGAAGAACUGCAAAGGAGUGGAAGUGAUCGAAAUGGUUCUGGAGAUUUUGAUAGUAAGCAACCUGGAGGUGUGAACUCAUCACACAACCAAAAGAAUGAGAUUGAUAAAAAUGAUCCAGGGGACUCUGAUAAUGAGCAUGUUGUAGGUGUAGGCUCAUCCAAUGAACACCAACAGAAUGGGAGUGGUCAAAAUGAGACUGAGGAUUGUGUUGAUUUGAAGGUAAUAGGCACAAGCUUGUCAAGUGAUGAUCAGGAAACAGGAAAUGAUUCAAAUGAAUCUCCAGAGUGUGAUCAUGAACAGCCUGAAAUUUUCAAUGAAGUUCAAAUCCAACAAAUUGAAUCUGGGGAUUGCAAUGAUGAGCAACUUAGAGGUAUGGGGGUCAUAUCAACUGAAGCACAAAAUGACUGGAGUGAUCGAAAUGAUUCUUCUGAUUGCAAUGUUGAACAGGCUGGGUUUUCCUAUAAAGUUUGUUCGCCUACCAAACUUGAUGAAGAGCAGUCCCAACUGGCGGCAGCAAAACCAAAAGCUGAAGUCAAUGAAGGUGGGAUUCAACAAAAUGAGUCUGGAGCUUUCAGUGAUGAGCAACUUGGAAGUGUGAACUUAUCAACAGAAGCAGAAGAUGACAGGAGUGAUCAAAAUGAUUCCUUGGAUUUCAGCAUUGAACAGGCUGGAAGUGAUGAAAGCUCACCAUUAACAGUCACAAAAGCAGAAUUAGAUGCUCACAGUGAUAGUGAUGGAACUUCCAACGAUGUUUGUUCUCCCACCAGACGUGCUCAUCUCAAGAACAAAGAGCCACCCCCACUAGCAGGAGCAAAAAAAGAAGUUGAAGUGAGUGAUGAAAGCUCACCAUUAACAGUCACAAAAGCAGAAUUAGAUGCUCACAGUGAUAGUGAUGGAACUUCCAACGAUGUUUGUUCUCCCACCAGACGUGCUCAUCUCAAGAACAAAGAGCCACCCCCACUAGCAGGAGCAAAAAAAGAAGUUGAAGUGAGUGAUGAAAGCUCACCAUUAACAGUCACAAAAGCAGAAUUAGAUGCUCACAGUGAUAGUGAUGGAACUUCCAACGAUGUUUGUUCUCCCACCAGACGUGCUCAUCUCAAGAACAAAGAGCCACCCCCACUAGCAGGAGCAAAAAAAGAAGUUGAAGUGAGUGAUGGAAGCUCACCAUUAACAGUCACAAAAGCAGAAUUAGAUGCUCACAGUGAUAGUGAUGGAACUUCCAACGAUGUUUGUUCUCCCACCAGACGUGCUCAUCUCAAGAACGAAGAGCCAUCCCCACUAGCAGCAUCAGAAGUUGAAGUGAGUGAUGGAAGCUCACAAUUAGCAGCCACAAAAGCAGAAUUAGAUGCUCACAGUGAUAGUGAUGGAACUUCCAACGAUGAUUGUUCACUCACCAAACUUGCUCUUCUUGAGAACAAAGAGUUGUCUUCAGUGGAAGGGGAAAAAUCAGAAGCUGGAGCCAGUAAUGAAAGCUCACAAUUAGCAGGAGCAAAAGCAUUACUAGAUGCUUCCAAAGAGAGUGGUUCUGAUUUCAUAAAAUCAAGUAUUGAGAAGUCAGUUGACAAGGAGGGUGCUUCAGUUGUCGCUGCUCAAAGGCCUGCAGGAGAAAGCAUUUCAUCAGACAUUUUUGUAACUUCGCCAAAUGAACAGCUAGAGAAGCUUCAUGAAACAGGUCGCCAUGAUUUUGACCGUGUACAGUGUACAGAUACAUUCAAAACUAUGGAUUUGAUUGACCCCAGCUCUGAGUUAAGUGACAGUCUUAUAGACUUGUCUAAAUCCCCAGCCACCAGAAGCUCUCGGGCUUACUAUGAUGACACUGUCUCUUCAUAUGAAGGAACAGAUGAUCAAUUACCUGAUCGACCCAAGCAUCCAUUUAGAAAUACUCAUAAGCAAGCAAAUCAUGCAGCUUCCAAUGAGAGACCCAGAAGCGAAAAGUUCGUGGCGAAUAGCAGUUUGGAAAUGCAGCAUCACUUGAAGAAUCAUACAUCAAUUAUUUCUGAUAAUAAUCACCGUGCCUUGAAAUCCAGCAAACUAAAUCAUGAUGAAUUGGUAGAGCACACAAGGGUUGCCCAUCCAGCUAGAAACUGGAGAAGACUGGAGAAGGAUGAAUAUCCAUCUCAGGCUCCUUUCUAUCAAAGAGACUUCUUGGCUGGCUAUGAUAAUGGGAGCCCUUCCAAUCAAAACAACAAUGAAUCCCGUUCCAAUCCGUACUUUCAUUCACGUGAAAAGGCUGCAUACACUGAACAGGAGAAGAUGAAACUGUUGGAAAUGAUUUAUGAAUUGCAGGAUCAAGUUAACGUUCUGAAUGGAAAGGAAAAAGGGAGGGUUGCUCCAGGGGUCACUUGGAAGGACCAUAAUCCCAGUUACAAUGAUCAUCUGGAGCAGGUAAUUUUCGAUGACUUAGACUAUCUGAGUUAUCCUGGAAGAUUCAGAGGGGGGCGCAACUGGCAUCAACAGAGUAAAUACUCCCAAAUACCUUUCUCAGCAGAGGUAGCAAGCAAUCGAAACCAAGUUGAUCACUUGUGUUGCUGUCCCCAAGACUGUCGCUUGGCACAACUACCUCCACCUAACCUUCAUCAUAAUAGAGUGUUUUGCAAGGCCCAAGAUCAUGUCGAAUUUUACCAUUCCUAUGGUUCUUGUCCCUCAACUCCACAACGGCAUGCUGACUCUGAGUUUUCCAUAUAUAGGCGUGAAACACUUUCUGAUGACCACAGGCGUAGGGAUCAGGAGGUAAAGAAGUAUGUAACGAAGAAACAUCACUUGGCUAAGCGGCACCUCCUGCCCCUGGCAGGUGGAGCCCCUUUCAUAACAUGUUUUUUUUGCUUCAAACAGCUUCAGCUACCUGCAGAUUUUCUUCUUUCUAAAAGGAAGUACCACCAGCUAAGAUGUGGUGUCUGUUUGGAAGUACUUAGAUUUUCACUUAUAAGCAGGACUCAUCUAGUUCCAUAUACACCGACUGCUGAUGCACCUCCACCAAGUGAGGUUGAUGAGCAUAGUGGCGGUCUUCAUAGGAGAAUUUCAGCUUCAUCUUCUCAUGCCAGCAAUUGUCCCAACAUGGAUCCUGUGUCAUGUUCUGAAGAUUAUGGACUUCCAUUCUGUAAAAGCGGUUCCACUGAUGGGGAUCCUGUCCAGACAUCAUUACGUUCAGCUGAAAGCAGCCUGAAUGAGCGUCGGAAGAAUCUCAAGGAAAAGCAUGAAUUAUCUGGACCUUCUUCUAGCAUGUCCAAAACAAAGAAAGUAUCUUCAGAAAUUGAGGAGCUGCCAAGGAAAGGAGGAGGAGGUUCCCCACUUCACCGACUCAUGGGUUAUUCCUCACCAAGUCGACUGAUAUAUGGUUAUGAACCAUCUUGUUCAAGUUGGUACUAUCCAACAGAAGACUAAGUGAGCAACUCACGACAUAUUUAUCAUGAAGCACUGGCUUGUAUAGAUACAUAUAGGUUGUACUUUGAUUAUGUUGUUGAUUAUAGUACAGGAAAUAGGACUCGCCUCAUUGCUUUGGAAUCAGUAGUAUAUAUAACAGAAGUAGAAACACAAGUUUUGAAUUCCAAGUAUAGGUUCUCAGAAGAGAAGAUUGCAGUAAUUAUUUGUUUAUUUUUGUAUUAUAAAACUGAUCCUGUAUAACGAAGUUUUUGGAUUUCAUGUA